UGUUCACACCCAAAAUAUUGUAAUAAACCAAAGCAGAAAAAAACGAAGAAAUUCUAAUAUGGCUAGGGUUCCUUGCAAGCAUCUUAUUCUUGCUGCAUUUUUCCUCUUCUUCUUCAUCUCCACAACUGCUACAGCACGAAAUCUACCGGUGGCCAAGGAAACUCAAAAACCCCAUGAUCAUCAAGAGCUUACAUCAACAAAAGACCAUGGAGAACCUAAUAUUAGUGUUGAUGAAUUAGUAUCUAUGGACUACACUCCAGCAACAAGAAAGCCACCGAUCCAUAAUUAACUGGCAAAAUUUUGUAAAAACAAGUACUAGCUAGGUAGUUCAGUUCUUUCGUUCUUUUCACUUUGGACCUGCUUUUGUUUGAGUGUAUACAUUUAUACAUAGUAGAAAGGAUGAAGUAAUGAAAGAAAUGAUUUACACAUAUAUGAGAAUCAAGAAUUGGUAUA